AUGAUGAGGUAUUUCCUAUUCCUACUUACAGGCCUAAUUUCAUUCAAAAUUGUUUCUGUUUCAGCAGAAAUAUCAUACCGUACUAGUGCCUUCUUCAUCUUUGGAGAUUCAUCUGUUGAUCCUGGAAACAAUAACCACAUCAAAACCAUACCUGAGAACCAGGCUAAUUACAAGCCUUAUGGUCAAAACAGUUUCUUCAAGGAUCCGACCGGUCGCUUCUCCAAUGGUCGCAUCAUCGUAGACUUCCUCGCUGAAUUUGCAAGCUUGCCACUAAUUCCUCCAUACUUGGAACCCUCUGCUGAUUAUGGCCAUGGAGUUAACUUUGCCUCUGGAGGAGCUGGUAUUCUUUCAACCACAAAUCAGGGUUUGGCCAUUGAUCUCGAGACACAGUUAAACUACUUUGAACAAGUGCAAAAAUUGUUAAAGGACAAACUGGGAACUGCCAGUGCAGAAGAACUCAUAUCAAAUGCAGUUUAUUUCAUUAGCAUGGGAAGUAAUGAUUAUUUAGGAGGGUAUUUUGGUAACCCCAAGAUGCAAGAACUACACCAUCCAGAAGAAUAUGUAGGCAUGGUCGUGGGAAACUUGACAAAGGCAAUUCAAGAAUUGUACAAGAAAGGCGCGAGGAAAUUUGGGUUUUUGAGCUUGUCACCUUUGGGGUGCUUGCCUGUUUUGAGAGCUAUGAAUCCUAAAGCUGAUGGAGGGUGUUUUGAACAAGCAAAUGCUCUAGCAAUGGCACAUAAUAAUGCCCUCCAGACUGUCCUGAAAAACCUUGAAUACCUGUUGAAAGAUUUCAAGUACUGCAACUCAGAUUUUUAUAAUUGGAUUCAAGAUCGAAUGAACAAUCCCUCCAACUACGGUUUCAAAGAAGGAGUGAAUGCUUGCUGUGGAACGGGACCUUAUGGAGGAGUUUUCACAUGUGGAGGCACAAAAAUGUUACCCACAUACGAGUUAUGCGAAAAUGCAAAUGAGUAUGUAUGGUGGGAUUCUUUUCAUCCGACUGAAAGGAUUCAUGAACAGUUUGCUAAAGCUCUUUGGGAUGGCCCUUCGGCCUCGGUCUGGCCUUGCAAUCUUCAAGAUCUCUUCCUCCACAAGGAGAAGCUCACCAUUGCUGAUAUAGUUGAUAACAAUCCAGAAUACCAACAAAUCUUUUGA